CGCCAUCUGAACUGUAUCAGAAACCGGCCCUGCCACGCAGAAACGUUAGAGGUUAUUGUGUGUUUUUCAAGAUAUUUUGUUAAAAUAGAUAAAAAUAUCAUUAAAAAUGUCGACAUUAGCUGUUAUCGGAAAGUUUUUUCAAGAAUAUACGAAAACUACACCAAAAAAGUUGAAAAUAAUUGAUGCCUAUUUACUUUAUGUAUUUUUGACGGGUGUCAUACAAUUUGUGUAUUGCUGUCUUGUUGGCACAUUUCCAUUUAAUAGUUUUCUAAGUGGUUUUAUUUCAUGUGUCUCUUGUUUCAUUUUAGGAGUUUGUCUAAGAUUACAAGUUAAUCCACAAAACAAAAGUCAAUUCUAUGGAAUAAGUCCAGAAAGAGGAUUUGCAGAUUUCAUAUUUGCCCAUAUAAUACUUCACAUCGUUGUGAUGAACUUCAUUGGUUGAUUAAAAAAGUAUAUUUAUCAUUUGUUCAAUUUAUAUCAAAUUUAAACGAUAAACAAAUCAGAAAUGAAAUACGAAAAAAAAGAUUAUAUCGUUUUACGUUGUUAAAACAAACAAAAACAAAAAAAAACACAUGUAUAUUUGCAUAGACUCGUUUUGAUUGAGUUUAUUUAAGUAUAAGCAUAUUUUUGUCAUAGAAAUAUAACACGUAAGUUUCUAUA